GGUUAGCUAUACAGUCCUCUCAGCACUCGCCUGUAGCUUCUCCCGGACAGUGCUGUCUUUCGGGGAUUUGCUUCACAGUUUCGUCAUUUGCUCAAAUAGCUGUGUGUGAACUUUCACUUAGAAAGCCAAAGGACUACUUUUGGAUUUUAUUUUUUACGUCAUCAUCGGUCACAUUCCGUUACUGACUGUCAACUCUGAGAAAGCUGUCUGCGGUGCUCGUCUUCUGGAGUCAUGUUUUCCAAGGCCACUGCCAACUUCGUCCGUGAGAUUGACCCCGAAGGACUUCUCAUCUACGUCUCUCGAGUAAAUGACUCUCACAAACUGGUUCCCAUGGCCCUCGUGAUCAAACGCAAGCGCUGGUUUUGGCAGAGACCCAGGUACCAACCAACAGAUUUCACUCUCGGCGACUUGUUGCUGGGUGACAAGGAGCUCAUGCCGGGAGUGUCAGAGUCAGAAUUCUUGACCUACAAGGGGACAUAUGGAGCUAAACUUGCUAGUGAUCUGGGCCCCGAAGCCGGCUCUGCAAGUAUCAGACUGGAGGGGCGUGGCACUACCAAGCUCCAGUCAUGUUUUGGCCAGCUGAAGAAAGAGGAGGUGAAUGUGAAGAAGCUAUUACUUGACUCGGACAACAGGUCGGUGGACAUGCAGCACGUGCUGGUGAGGCAGAUAGAGAAGCGGGCUGAGGUGGUGGGGCUAGUGAAGGAGAGGAUCCUCACCACCAGCCCCUGUUCCAUCACCCAGACAAAAGUGGAAGAGUGCACCUUUCAAGGGGUGCUCGGGCUGGUUGGCAUGCUGGGGAGUUCGGUGUGUGUGAAGGACAGCAACAGCAUUGAGAUAGACAGCGAUGUUUCUGUGGAGAUCCCCUCUGGUACAGUCAUCGCGUACAGCAUCCUGGAACUGGAGGUUAAAAAAGACGGACAAUACUACAUAUGUCUACAACCUGGUGCAAUUGGAGGCUUUGAGCCAGACUUCAUCUUGAGGUCCUGGCCUUCUGAUGAUUGCUUCGACACAGUGGAUAGAAAGUGCAACAAGCAGAAGGUUCCACAGAAAGCCCCCCUUACUGCACUUCAUGACGAAUCGCAGGAAAAAGUCCUUUCUCCUCUGGCAAAGCUCCCCCAGCCGACCCGAUGGGCUUUAUUCAAGAAGCUCCAAGAAACUCUGAAUGACAGAGCUGCUCUGUCAUAUCUGCAGCUUGUGCUUGAAGAUUUGUGUAGCAAUGAAAUACACAAUGGGACCCCAAAAGAAGAGCAGCCCAGUGCAGAGAGUCCCACUGAAAGCACCCUAAAUGCAGCGCACCUGUUGGUCAGUGCCAUGGAAGAGUUGCCCAAUGAAACUCUGGAACUUCUGAGCAAGAGCGCUCCUGAUUUUCUGCAGGCUUUCAACAUGCUGGUGUGCAAGCUAAAGAGCAGCGAUGUUCUCAACAUUCAGUCUCUUCCUGCCAUGCUGCAGGAUAACCAGGCCUUUCAGCUGGCAAAGCAGUUACUUUCCUCUGCCAGUGUGAUGCUAAGGAGAGACGCUGACCUCCUGUGGAUGGAAACCAGAGAUAAUGCAGGAGUCCUACCAGUGGUCCUCUUCCUCAGCAUCCAUGGAUUGUGUUUGCUCUGCAAUGCACUUUAAUAGUUGUAGUGCCUGAGUGUGCACUCCCUCUCCUUUUAUUGUGUGGAUGCCCUCAAGGCAUUGAGUAACCCCGAACUGUCCAACUCGGAAUAUUCGGUUUCAGAAAGGCUGAUAACAAUUAGUUCAAUCAACGCGGAGUCGCGCUAACCCCAAGUGAAGCGCGCGGACGAGGAUACAUAAAGCCCUGAUAAGCGGAGCACAGAUUAAGCGAGUCACCAUGGAGACGGAGGGAAAGAAGACGCGGUCAAUGUAUUUUACAGCGCUUGAGGCCGAAACUCUGAUGGCAGCAUAUGCCGAUUACAUGCAAAUUCCGCGGAAAAAAGUAAAGUUAGCCAUAGCUGCAAAAGACAGGGAGCAUGCAUGGCAAAACAUAGCCGACAGAGUCAAUGCGUGAGUGUUAAUUUAAACAUUGAUCUAGGGAUUUCCACCCAUUUAACACGUUAUUUUA